AUGGAUGGUCCCGACCAGAUUGGGCCUGAUUUGAGGCCGAAACAAACCUUCCGCGACAAACUGCGGCAUAUCGUCAAGACUUUUACCACUAGAGACGGUCUCCUUGGCGACUAUGACUAUGCCUUCCUCUUUACCCCGCGUAUCCCGUUCACCAAACAGACCCGCAAGUCGGCCCCGUUCUUCGGGCUCGAUGAUCGCGUGCCUGUCGUGCUGGCGUUCAUUCUCGGCUUGCAGCAUGCACUGGCAAUGUUGGCAGGUGUGAUUUCGCCACCGAUCAUUCUGGGCGGCUCCUCGGGAGUCAAUUUCGGUGAUGAGCUCUACCAGUAUCUGGUGUCGACCUCGUUGAUUGUAUCGGGCCUUCUGAGUGCACUGCAAAUGACCCGCAUGCAUAUCCGGGGCACGAAAUACUUCAUUGGAACCGGGCUGUUGUCCGUGGUUGGUACAUCCUUCUCCACCAUCACAGUCGCCUCUGGUGCCUUUACUCAAAUGUAUAAGUCGGGCUACUGCCCCCUCGAUGCGGAUGGAAACCGAUUGCCGUGUCCCAAAGGAUAUGGCGCUUUGCUGGCCACCUCCUGCCUGUGUUCUCUGCUCGAGAUUGGUCUCUCCUUCCUGAGCAGCCGUAUUCUCUCGCGGGUCUUCCCUCCCUUGGUGACCGGGCCCACGGUGCUGCUCAUCGGAGCCUCGCUCAUCAUGACUGCGCUGGAGGAUUGGGGCGGUGGCUCGUCUUGUAUGCCCGCUUCAUCCAGCUCGACUCGACCGAUGUGCCCCAAUGCCAGCGCGCCGCACGCCCUGCCCUGGGGGAGUCCUGAAUUCAUUGGACUCGGCUUCUUGGUCUUCGUGACAAUUAUUCUGUGCGAGCGAUUUGGCCCGCCCAUUCUGAAGAGUUGCGCGGUGGUGGUUGGGUUGCUGGUGGGCUCGAUUGUCGCGGCCGCCUGCAACUACUUUGAGGACUCUGGCAUCACUGCGGCACCGGUAGCGUCCUUUGCAUGGGUGCACACGUUCCCGCUGAACAUCUACCCCCCUCUGAUCCUCCCCUUACUGGCACUGUACAUCGUCAUCAUGAUGGAGUCAAUUGGUGAUAUCACUGCUACCUGUGAUGUAUCCCGGCUCGAGGUGGAAGGGGCCACCUUCGACUCCCGCAUCCAAGGUGGUGUGCUAGGUAACGGGCUGACCUGCCUGAUCGCAGGGCUGAUGACAAUCAGCCCGAUGUCCGUGUUCGCGCAGAACAACGGUGUAAUUGCACUGACCAAGUGCGCCAACCGGACGGCUGGAUUCUGCUGCUGCUUCUUCCUGGUGAUCAUGGGAAUCUUCUCCAAGUUCGCUGCGGCGCUGGUGGCCAUACCUAGUGCCGUCCUGGGUGGCAUGACGACCUUUUUGUUCAGUAGUGUGGCCGUCUCUGGUAUCCGUAUCAUUUCUACCAUCGACUUCAACCGCCGCAACCGGUUUAUUUUGACAGCCAGUUUUUCCCUUGGGAUGGGCAUCACACUCGUGCCUGAUUGGUGGUCGUACGUUUUCACGUACAGUGGAGACAACCAUGCCCUGGAGGGUCUGUUGAACGCCGUCGACCUGGUGAUGGAGAACGGCUUCGCGGUGUGUGCUAUUCUCGGCGUCAUUCUCAACUUGAUUAUCCCCGAGGAAGCUGACGAUGUCCCUGCGGUUUGGGAUGCGAGUAUGUCCUCAGAAAGCCACCCGGAGACCCGGCCGGCACAGGAAAUGGAGACCAAGGUGCCACCGCCGAGCCUGUGA